CAAUUUACUAAUUGCAAUUCUAGAAUAGCCUAAAUGAUUAACCUGGAAACUUUUCAAUGUUGAUUGUCAACAAUUGGCUUGGAAUCAAAAUUUUCUGGUUUAAUUUUUUUCUCUCUUCAUUUUUUGUCUCGAUUCUUGUAUGUUCAUAAUAACCAAACAUAAGAAGCAACAACAACAACAACAAUAGUAUUUUUCUAAUACUGAAUUUCCUUGGGUUUACCUUAAUUGUUUCAAUUGUUUCUCAAUUAGUAAUUAAUCUAAUGGUUCAAUUAUGAUUCGUGAUCAAGAAGAAAGUGAAAAAUAUCUUAAAAUCGCUCAAAAAUAUCUUCUUAAUGACGAUCAACGAAACGCUCUCAAGUAUCUCUACAAAUCUCAACAAUCUUUCCCAUCUUCUUAUGUUAAAGGAAUGAUUGAUAAAGUGGAACAAUUAAUCUCGGUAUCAGAGGAAAAUGGUCGAUUUGAAUCUAAACGAAACCAAAGGCAAACAUGGCGAUCUCAGGAAAAGGAUUACAGUGACCAUUACAAUCAACAGCCAAGAAGACAGAGUAAUUACUCAAGAGAAAGUAAUCAAUUUAAUUGUGAUGUUAAAAGUAAUUAUUGUUCUGAUAAUUGUGGAGAUAAUAACAACGAUGAUGGAGAUGGUGGUAUUAACGAGGAUGAUGAUGGAGAUGGUGAUGAUAACUGUAAAGGUAAUAGAGAUCAACUUGAAGCCAUUGAAAAGAUAACCAAGUGUAAAGAUUAUUAUCAAUUGUUGGGAAUUAAUCGUGAAACAAAUGAUCAAGAAUUAAAGAAAUCGUAUCGUCGAUUAGCAUUACAAUUUCAUCCGGAUAAAAAUCAAACUCCAGGAGCUUCGGAUGCUUUCAAAGCGAUCAGUUCAGCUUUCGAGGUGCUCGGCGACCCUGAAAAAAGACGCAUCUAUGAUAUGACAGAAUUUCAAAGAUUAACCAAGCCCAAUGUUAAUCCAUAUGAGCCUUAUGGUAGAUAUAAUAAUAAUAAUAACGCUCGAUUUGGUACUGGUCAACAAAUGGGUCCAGAAGAUUUGUUUAACGUAUUCUUUGGUAACUCUCAUCCGUGGGCUCACCACGAAUGGACGAAUCGUCGAGCCUCCCAAUCAACCAGUGGAAUCAGCGUUUUCCUUCAACUAUUACCUGUGAUCGUAUUUAUCAUCAUGUCUAUCAUGAGUUCCUUUCUUAUUCGUGAUCCAGUUUUCAGUUUAUCUCGUAGCAACAAAUAUCCACUUCUUCGAAAAACUUUGGACCUUAAGAUUCCCUAUUACGUGAAGGAAACUUUCGAACGAGAUUAUAAAGAUCUACUGAUCGCAAUCGAGGAAGAGGUUAAUCAAGAUUUCACUCAGAAUUUGAAGACUCGUUGUUUCAAGGAGCGAAAUCAUAAGGAAAAUUUGAUCUGGAAAGCGAAAAAUAUUGGUGACAUCGCCUUCGAGGAGCAAGUUCGUAAAAUGAAAACCCCUUCAUGUACAGAGUAUCAAGAGCUCCAGGAACGGAUCCAAGAUUCCACUUGAUCGACGAAAAGUCCAAAUUUCAUCAUUAAAUCAUCUCUUUUUUUGCCAUUAAUUUAAUUCAUUAAUCUAGUCAAACUGAUUCUUAUUCUGGAAUCAUGAUAAAUACAUUAUAUAUUAUUAUUAUUAUUACUAUUAUAUUGAUGAUUGUUUAUAAUAAUUGAAUUUGUUGAUACUCAUGAUCCUAUCGAUUAGGUUUAUGUACAUUUCAGGUGUAGUUAAUUGUCUCAAUUAACAAUCAAUUAUCCUCAAGGUUGAUUAAUCCAAGAAAAAAAUGAUCACUUAAAUCAACAAUUAAAACUGAAACUCUCUUACCUUUGAGAUGGACAAAUCAAUUACUAGAGAUUUAAUUGUGUUCAUUGAAAUUUCCUAAUUGAACACAAUCUAAAUGUAAAUACAAAUCAUUUUUAUUAAUUUUCUUCUGGUUGAUUGUGUCAAUUGUUAAUCGUAUGAUUUAUUUGACUAAUUGUUAUUUAUCAAGUUGUCAUAAUGAGAGAGUUAAUUGUAAUCAACUGUGAUAAUUUAAUUUCUAAAUUGUUCCCUACACAAUAGACUUUAAUCAACCAUUUCGAUUAAUCUAAAUUUUGAUUUCUCUCACAAUUAACAACAAUCAAUGAUAUCAAAUUGACGUAAAUAAUAAAAGGUUAACCGUACCUUUGGAGGUGAAAUUAAAUUGUGAUUAAUUAGACCAA